AUGGAUCAGAUCGAAGAGCUUCGGAACAGUAUUACCAGCGAUGUCGAUCGCCAGGUCACCCCUCUUAUCGACAUCCUUCGCGCUCAGAUCCAAAGUCUCCGAGAUGACCUUCAACGGGUUCAAAUUCAAACCGAGCAGAUUCAACACCGCUCAUCCUCCUCAUCGAAGCGACCAAAACCCUCGCUUCCCGAUCCUGAAAAGUUUACUGGUGCGAUACCACGAGUAUAUGACAAUCCGAAUAAAGUUCAAGAGGCAGAGGACCGCCUCCUUUCCGUUCGACAAGGCGGCGACGAGUCCCUCGCCGCUUAUAUUGCCAAGUUUGAACGUCUCCUUUACGAGGCCAGAGGCCAGCAUUGGCCGGAUGUUACAAAGAUCUCAGCCUUCCGAAAAGGCCUUCAAGCUACAAUGCGUAACCGCCUCACUCAGCAGCUGAAUCUACCGCGAACAUACCCAGAAUUCCUCAAGAUAGCCCGUGAGUUGCUUUCGCUAUCGCUGGCCUCGGCGGCGGUUAGCAUAGCUUGUAUCGCUCCGAUUUCCAUCCGAUCGGAGUUGUGA